AUUCAUCAGUGUUUAGCUUACGAAUGUCGUACGAACAACAUAGUGUUGCUCUUUCGGUAAUUACGAAAAAUGAAUAAUUCAGAAGAUAUCACGUUCCACGAUUUGUUUAAACUCGAAGAUUCGUCUAAUUAUGCAGGAUUUCCAUCGGUCAAAGAAGCUAAUUUGGCCGACAGUUUCGUAUCGAACGUCUGCCAUGGCUUGAACGCGACCAUCGAUUCCGAGAUAGACGCCGGGGAGCCCGAAGAUCUGCGAGAUUGCUCCUUUUGGCUAGGUGAAGAUGCGCUAAACAACACUACAUCGGCAGAGUUUCUCAAGUGUCAUCGAAAACUCAAAUUCCAAGACUCGCAUGACUUCGAAUCGAUCGACGUGGAUAAACAAAUCGACAAAGCUCUAAAUCUGUCGGGAAGCAGUGAUGAUUCUAACGACCAAUGUCCCUCGAAAAAAGACGAAAAUUCGCUCAAUUCCGAUCGUCGGUCUUCCGUCAUUUUUGUCAAGGAGUUUCGUAAACCUCCCGAAUGGUGGAUUACUUCAGAAAAUGAAGAACCCGACCGUAUUUCUAUAACUGAAAGAAUGGAAAAAGCAGCGAAAAACAAGCUCUCGGAAGCCGAUGUAUUCGAUGAGUCUGGCCAGCCUCGCGUCGAGGUAUUGAGAGAUCACUUGCUUCUCGAGGGUAGAAUUGAUAAGUCAGCCGCCCUCCGUAUUAUCUAUGAAGGUACCGAAGCACUGAAAAGAGAAAGUAAUUUGAUCGAAGUUGACAAGCCCGUAACAGUUUGUGGAGAUAUCCGAGGUCAAUACUACGACCUUAUGACGGUAUUUAAAAUCGGUGGUGCGCCACGCCGCACGAAGUACUUAUUUCUUGGGAACUACGUUGGCAAAGGUCGCUUUGGUAUCGAGUGCAUUUUCUACCUUUGGUCGCUCAAAAUUCGCUAUCCGAACACCUUUUUUCUAUUGCGAGGGAAUCACGAGUCUCGUUAUCAUGCGGAAAAUUGUACUUUCAAAAACGAGUGUGAAGUAAAAUACGAUCUUGAAGUUUACGAAGCAUGCCUGACGGCCUUCAAUGCCCUUCCAUUGGCAGCCCUCGUAAACAAGCAAUUUUUCUGCAUUCACGGAGGCUUAACGCCAGAAAUCUUGCACCUCGAGGAUAUUAUCAAGAUCAAUCGAUUCACGGAACCUUCGUUGAUCAGCCUUCUCUCCGGUUUACUCGGAUCGAAUCCUUGCGAGCAUUACGGCACAGAGAAAAAGUCACUGUUUUAUAACACGACGAGCAAUUCGUUCAGUUUCAGCUACAAAGCGGUCUGCGAUUUUCUCGCGCGUCACGAUUUACUCUCGAUGAUCCGAGCUCACGAGGUACAAGGAGAUGGCUUCGAAUUGUAUCGCAUGACCGAGCGAGGUUUUCCGUCCAUGAUCACGAUAUUCAGCGCGCCGAAUUAUCAAGACGUGUGCAGAAAUACCGCAGCUGUUAUAAUUUUUCAAGAUCAUCUGCGUAUCAGUCAAUUCGAUUCGGUACCUCAUCCACCUGGGCCAGAUGACAUAGUGUCCCGGCACGCGUCGCCGCGGCUCUGCGAUUGCGACUUGAGCUACCGUGAUAUACUUGAAUGAAA